CCUUAUUUCUAUAUAGUCGCUAUAAAUUUUGUACAGUAUUGCCCGAGUCGUUAUAUGCUGUAGUGCCUGCAGCUGUAGAUUAUAAAAUACAUGUUUAUUUACUAUUAUAAUUAUACAUAUAAAAAUAAAAUAAUCGUCAACACAGUGAUGAUAGUUUUAAACACAGAGAUUUUUAACUAUUUACUGACACAAAAACCCACGUAUCUCCUCUGCGAUUAGACAAGUAAAGUUAUUAAAUUUUAGUCAUCCCAGCAUGGUUUUAGUAUAAACAGUGUAUCUGUAACAUUCUCGGCACAUGCAGACUUGAUAUUAUUUUAUUAAAGUUGUAUAAAAAUCUCUCAAAAGUUGUUACAAAAUGAUUGAAAAUAUUAUUCCGCGUUCUUCAUUGUGGAUAAUUUUGUUAUUUUUAUACUUGUGCUCAUGUAAAUGUCCUCUUUCCGGCGAUGACAAAGAUGUUGAUUAUCAUAAGAUGGUUGGAGAAUGGUAUGUAAUAGCUGCUUCACCUGUAAGGAGUAAAGUCGGAAAGUGUUUACAUUUCAACGUCGUAAUGAAUGGAACUGAUUCAUUUGCGAUGAAUUUCACUACUACUAGUGCGAUAAGCAAUGGACGGCUUUUAUGGAGGGUUAACGGUAAACAAUCAGAAAAUGAAACCAUUGCGACAUGGCAACUUAAUGGAUCACCUAGAGUACAAGGUCCAUUUCUUCAUAAAAUGUUGGUGGUGAAUUACACCCAGUUCUGCGCGAUGAUAGUUUGUACGGGACCUAAGUCUACAAUGUACAGAAACUCAUUCGGGAUGAUUUGGUCUCGACAAAGAUAUUUACCAACCAAGGACUUAAUAUAUCUUAAAGAUGAAAUAGCGAGAUACGUUAAUAAGCAAGAAAUUGUUGAUGUUAACAAUACAUGCUCGGGAGUAUCGUUUUAGUUUAUAAUAAUAAUAAGAAUAAUAAACUAAAAAAUGAUAAUGUACUGAUUUUUAACUAAAUUAAUUUAAAGAAGAAACUAAGUUGAAGUAAAUCUCUGAACUUAAAAAAUGAAGUAAAAUAAAUAGCAUAUUUACAAGUAUAUCUUCAACACAUAUAACAUGUACAUGCUGCAGCUGUAUAUACUGUAUCCACAAAAGAACUGCAGUAGAACACAUUGUUUUAUUACGAUAAAAUUUAAUUUAUUAAUGUACUUUGUUAUGUUUUUACUUAGUACGAAAUUUAAUUUUUUCACGUUAGAUGAAAUGCUAUCACUAUUAUUAUGAUUUUUUUUACUUCAAAUGUUAAUAACAGUACUUUUUCCACUGUAAUAACGAAAAAU